AGAGAGGCGUGGAUCCCGCAGCGUGUGAAAUCAUGCGCUUUUACAAACUGCAUGCAUCUCGGGGUCUAGUGGAACCCAUUUCCAUGAUUGUACCCAGGAAAACUGACGCGAGUUACUUUCACGAUGACUUGUACCCGGAGACUCCGGGACCCACUGCAACGUUGACUGCGAACGAAUGGAUCGAGGGCAAAAACGCGUCUCCGUUGCUCAUUUCUUUGAAAUCUGGAUGGAAGAUGCCGACAAACAAGCCGGUCGUUUACAAGCCCAGUGAGAAGAAGCUAAUCACUUCCGAUCUCAACAAUGAACGGAAAUUCCUUUUCAUUUCCCAAGAAACUCAUCCUGACUACAGGUCAUUGGACUGUAGAACGCCCGGGAAACCCUCGAUCGCCGAACUCGAAGAACGCACUUGUGCGACGCUAAGAAACGGGAAUCACUGCGACAGCAUGGAAGUGACAUCUAUUUCAAAUUCAUCGCCAAAGACAAUCGUCGCGUCAUCUAGCUUUGACGCAUCGUCGGAGAAGAAAUGUGAACGUUUAGACGCUUCAGUGAAUGGAAGCGAAAAUAUGGACUCGUUGACGACGACGAGAAGUGCCAAGUGUGGAAUGGAAUCCACACCUAAUUCGCCUUCGAGACCCGAGAGGUUAGAAGUGACAUCUACGCCGAAGCCUGCGAAACGGAAUGGAGCGUCGCCUCCAUCGGUGACGCCCAGGCGUCGGUCCGUCACUCCGGUGUCUUCGGAUAAUUCUCCGUGUCCCAAGCUUGCCAAGGACAUGGAUGGACGUCCACAACAGCGUCACGGGGUGGACUCCGGGACGUCGACGGCGACGCCGACGACAUCUGAAGACGAGGACGAAGGACGGAAGUUUGCGUGUAGUCUGGAAGACGUGCGUCGCGGUGGGGUGACAUCUGGCGGUGGCACGCUGCGACAGGCGCCGCGUCGCAGUCAGAGUGUUUCGUGGCGCCGGCGGUCGGCGCCGCCCAGGGGCCCGAUUGUGUGCGAAAUCAUCGCUGCUUUGCAGCGUCAUUCCUCUUUCUCGGCGUCACCGAGUGACAGAACGUCGAUUGUCGACGGAGACUCGAGCCGGACGAGCAGCGACACCGAAGACACGCGGAUUUUCCGUCGAUCCAGUUUGUGUCGCAGUGAGCCGCAUUUGCCAAUCAGUUACUCAGCCGACAUGGCUCAGGAACAAGAGCUGGUGCAAAGCGGAAGCGUGACGUUGUCGGAUUUGUCUCAACACGGACAAGUUCAGCAGGAUAAACAAGGAGGGAUUCUGUCCCCUGGGGCAACGAGGUUUCAUGAGAUUCAGAAACUGUGGGGAGACAGGACUGGCUCUGCUCCGGCUGCGAAAAAGAGUGGAGAUGUCAUGUCCAUGUCAGUCGACUCACUUCCCAUGAAAGAAGCCUCGUCUAUUGGAAUACUUCGAAAGGGGUUCCAGGAAACCGAAUCCCACCACAUGAACGGAGCCCAAGAAAACGCCCUCGGGGAAAUCCAAGAAGCCUCAGUCGGCGAACUCAAGAGCGAAAUCCGAACCCUGAAAGGUGCCCUUAAAGAGAAGGACUUCAAGAUCCACAGCUUG